AUAAAAGAUUACCAAAGUGGGGCAACAGUAUCAUACUCAGUCGAGCUUUUGUGUUCUGUGCUUGUUCAGUGCUUUGUGAGCUUUUUUCAAUAUGAAGACUUUUGUUGCUUGUGCUGCGAUGCUGGCUGUGGCGAUGGCUGAACCACCUCCGUCAAACAGCUACCUACCCCCGUCACCGAACCAGCGCAGCGCCGGAUACACCAAUGGGGGGUAUCCCUCCCCCAACUCUGCCGCCGCCGGGCCGGCCGGCCUGCCUCAGGUCUUGGCUGCUAGGAGCAACCAGAAUGGAUUCGCUAGGAAUGGCCAAGGUUUUGGCAGCCAAGGUGCCCCCAGCCAGGGUUAUGACCAGAACGCUGGUGCUUUCGCCAGAAACGCACUGGAACAGCAAAACCAGGAACCGGCUAACUACAAUUUUGAGUACAUGGUCAGUGACUACGACCAGGGUACGGAGUUCGGACAUCAUGAGGAAAGGGAGAACGAGUCAGCGAGGGGAGAAUACUCUGUGGUCCUUCCUGAUGGCAGGAGACAGACGGUGACCUACGAAGCGGACGAGCGUGGAUUCAAACCCCGUAUCUCUUACGAGGAAACCGACAACUUUGCUCGCUCAGCCGGUGGCUACGACGCAAAUGCCAACAACCGCAUUGAACAAAAUGGCGUCGGUAACCAUGGCAACGGAAUUCACAAUGGCGGACGGGGAUAUUGACUCAUAUUGAAUUUGAGCUCUGUAUUGCUGGUUUUAGGCCUUAUUUUUAAGUGACGCUUUUUAAAGUAUGUUUAUGUAUGUAUUUUUUAUGUGACUUGUAUUGUAUUUAUUGCUAUUAUAAUUAUAUGUUUUUAUUUGUAAAUAAGUAUUUCUUAAACUAUGAACCUAGCACGUAAAAUUUCAAAGAUGGCUUUUCGAUACAGAAUGCUGCUUUAUUGGAAUUAUUGUUUGCACCUUGUAUUGAAUAUUGUUCCUGUAAGUAUAUAAAUAUUUCGGUAGUGGAUAUAAAUAGUUAUCUUAAUAAUUAAUAAUACAUUUUGAACUGAAA